GUGACGGACCUAAGACCACCGCGACUUUCAUCUUGACCACAACUAUCGAUGCUUGAAAAUAUACAAGUUCAGGCAGAGUCAAGGGAAUCAAUUUUGAAAUGGAUCUCGAAAGAGUACUUCGACAUGAAUGGAUCAUACAUCGAGACUCUCGACGAACCACCAACCGCCCUCCAAUUCUCGCGACUUGCUCACAUUUCUAGGCCGGUUAUCAUCAAAGGAUUCGAGGUUCCUGCUCUCAAACGAUGGACAGACAAGUAUAUUCUUGAACGAAUGCAACAGAGGUCUAUUUCUGUAGCAGUCACACCUAAUGGGGCUGCAGAUGCUGUUACUCGUGGUUCUGACGGCGAACUAUACUUCGCAGAACCUCAUGUCGAGCAGAUGACUAUGGGCAGUUUUCUGAGCAAGUUAACACCUACAGCUCAGGAGUCAACCGCAAUGCCGGAUGAAGUCUACUACCUUCAAUCCCAGAACGGCAAUCUUUAUUCGAACUCUUUCUUUGACCAUAGUGACGAGGAUACGUCAGAGUUUGAGUCAUUAAGACCUGACGUUCCCAGUGAUAUUUCCUGGUGUAGUGAAGCUUUUGAUAGAGCGCCAGACGCCGUUAAUUUAUGGAUCGGGAAUAGCACAAGCGUCACGAGUAUACAUAGCGAUCCCUACGAGAACAUCUAUACUGUAAUCCGCGGCGCUAAGCAUUUUACCCUUCUUCCUCCAACAGAAGGAUGGUGUACACAGGAACGUAGUUAUCCUCAUGCUCGUUAUACCCGACCAACGUCCGGCCCUGGUUUAGUGUUAACUCCUUCGUCUGCAAACACUCCUCAUGUCCGGUGGUCAUCGAUCACAGACCCUCACCUUCCGAAUACCCUACCACCGGACGCCCAUCCUCUCGAAGUUACUCUUCAUGCUGGCGAUACGCUUUAUCUUCCGGUUGGUUGGUGGCACCACGUGCGUCAGAGCGACACGACAAUUGCACUGAAUUGGUGGUAUGAUGCGGAGUUCCGAGGAAUGAACUGGGUUUGGAUGAAUAUGCUCAGAGGUCUAGGCACUGAUGCGCCAGCACAGGGUGAAGAAGGUGAAAAGUUUGACAAUGAGUGAGCGCAUCAAUUAAAUAGCAGCCGCCAUUGAUCUGUGUUGGUACGUUUCCUUGCCCUUUUGUAAUGAUAUAUCAAGAAAAGUUCAAAUUUAUUUACUUUCUGAAUACGUCAAA